AUGCCCGAUCCUUUCAACCUCGAUAUCAGGAAGAGGCUCACCGCUGAACGCAUUUAUCGCAGAAACUAUUGUUUUGGCGCCAAUUCAUUUUCACGCACGAUUCACGCGAUUUAUUAUUCUACUUUCAAAAAAAUAUUUUUAACAACAUCGAGGAGAACGAACUAUUUUUACUGGAUAUUUUCUUCCUCAAGCGUGUCUUAUCCUGGCAUGUCUCUUGGGAGACGAUCUGACAGGUACUAGUUCUCAAAAUUAUUUGAUUUUUUUGUUUGCACAUGAGUAAUCGAUGCUGUUGUUGUUAAUAUGAACGAGCUUUGUUGUUUCGUUGAAUAUUUCGUCAAAAACUAUCGUGUUGAAGAAUAAUCAUUUACAAUACAAUUAUUUUAUCAUGUAAGCACUUUCACUUGUUUAGCUUCCAUGGCAUGUGGGACAGACUGAAUUAAUAUUUCUGACAAAUUUAUGCGUAAAAAUGAUCUUAAAAUUGCAUGCAUGUUUACCUCCACGAUCUGUUGCCUGUGUUUCGAUCAUUAAACAGACUUAAUUUAGUUUAGUUUUAUGGUGGGUAAUUUCGUUGUAAUGUCUCUUCGCCGUAGAGUACGCAAAAAAGUUGAUUAUUCCAAGUUUUGUGAAGAAGAAGGUGAAAGCACAAAUAAUAGCGACGGUGAGUCUUACAUUUUUUUGUAAAAAUUGUUCCAAAUCAAACUUCAUUUUAUGAACAAAGUGAAGCCCCAUUCUAAAUUAUCUACUAUUCUCAAUUUCCGUUAUUAAUAUAAUACCCAUUAGUAGGAUUUGCUGUAGAAAUUAAGCUUAAUAGUAAUGAAACAUUAAUUAUUUAGUAAGUGAAAGUAUCAUUGGACUAAUAGCACAUAAGUGUGUUGACAUCAGUCCUAUAAAUCUCAACACAGUUUCACAGAUAUUUUAUUACAUUUCCAAAAGUGGGGUUGAUUUACUAAAACUUUUACAAGUGUAAUUUACAAGUGAAGCUAUUGUUUCUGAGUCCGAACACAAUAUAGCCACUUGUACACUUGAAAAUUUCGCUUGUCAAAGUUCUAUUAAAUUGACCCCGGGACUAACUUGGGAAAGUUGUUCAUCUGAUGUAAACUUACAUAAUGGCUAAUUUGGAUUAUAAUAAUAAGUCAAUAUUUAGUGUAUCAAAAACAAAAGUGAAUUUAACAACGAUAAUUAAAGGCCACAGAGCAAGUAAACAAACACAGAUCAUGAGAUAAGCAGUGGCAUCUUCUGCUUGUCUCAUGACUGGGCACAUGAAGGGUAACUGGACCCAGCACUUAUAACUGCUCCCCAUCCCUAAAAACAGUUUUUUGCCAUUAUAACAGGGCUGGCUAUGUUCAUUUUUGACAAAAAGGUUUCCAGUCUACAGUCAACUCUCAUCUUGUAGACACCUCACUAUCAUGGACAUCCCACUAAUACAGACAGCUGCUAAAUCCUCGGCAAAAAAUUACAGACAUUUGACUGAAACAAACUCCCACUAUUAUGGACUCUUGCUGUUACAGACUUACGGACACCUCUCUCGGGCCCAACAGCUCAAUUAUAUAAGUUCUAACUCUUGUUAUAAUUGACAGCAAUCAGCAUCUUUUGACAUUUAGGCAGAAUUAUCACAAAUUAUAAUUUAUUUCUUCCCCUUUUUCACUUCAUCUCUGUCCUUUUGCUUGAAAAGUGAACACUCCAAUUCCCAUUUCACAUGAUCCUUCUAAAAAACUACUGUACUUACUUGCAAAAAGCAAGCAUGGUCUACUUAAUGUACAUAAAGUGGAUUUUCUAGUACUGUACUUUCUGGUUUUUGUGUUACUACAAUUUUUUUAUAUUGUACAUUUUUUAAUGAACAAAAUUUAAAAAUGUAAGUCCCCUAAUAUCAAGAAUUUUUUUCGCACCACAUUAUUACAGACUUUUGCUAUUAGGGACACUCAACUGCAGUCCCAAGGGUGUCCACAAUAAUGGAAGUUGAUUGUAUAGGGCUUUGCACUGGCAGAUUUCCACUCAGACAGAUAAGCCCCUUGAAAUACUCAUUGUUCCCUCAAACACGAAAAACACACCAAUUACAUGGAGGCUACUGUAAAAAGCUGUCUUAACAAAAAUGCCUCUAUGACCUCACAGCGUGUGUUGGUAUUCAGGGAUUCUCUUCAAUUGCAAAUAAAAUAAGUCACCGUGUUUUUUCUCUAUAUAAACACUUGGUCAUAGCAAGAGAAUCAGAGCAUGGACAGGCACUGUCAUCAGCUCUUGGUUCAUCUAAAGGGGUCGACUUUUUUCUCCUACUAAUGCUCACGAAAGUUGGCUUGGCCGGGAUGGUGACCCUCUUUCCCGGGGCAGCUUUUUGAAUUCUCCAAAUAAAUGAGGACUAAUUUACAAGCAUCAGAACUAAUUUUAUUGUCGUAAUUGCUAUAGAUGAUUUCCAGAAUGACACUGGACCAGCUCCUGUAAAGAAGGCUAAGACCGCAACAAAGACAAAAGCAAAAACAAAACAAGAAGUCACUAAAAGUAAAACUAAAGAUUCAGGGAAUUUAAAAAGAAAAGAAAGGUACAGUUUAAUUUCUGAGUUGAAUUUUAUGUUUCAAGGGAUCAGGGUGCCUUUGUCUGGGAGAAGAUAAGAUUGUAAAUCUUACAUUCCUUAGAUUUGUUGUGACAAAAAAGCCUGAAAAUAAAUUUUUAGUGUGUUAAGGUGAACCUGCAAGAACAUGGUGGGCCUUGUAUGUUUACAGGAAAACCACUUGCUAGGUACCCUGUGAGCAGAAGCCCAGGACUGCAAAUUACAGGCCGUCAUCAGACAUUGGCCGACUAAAAUUUGCUAGUGUCUGACGAAUUCAGAGCAGGGUUAUUUAAAGUGCAGUAACCCACUUUUAACCUACAAUUAGGGUCAACUUAUCUUAAGUCAUGUUUUUUUAGAGGCAAUAAAUAACAUUAACAAGGUCUUUUCCUUACCCAUCCCUUGGUUAACAAUGAGCUUCUGGAAUUGUUUAUGAAUCAUAAGUUUUGAUCUGAGUAAGCACUGGGCCACUAUUUUUUUUCAAUGUGACCAGGGAAAACAAAACAGUGGAAUCCCCAAUUUUUUGAACCCCCAAGGAAAAGCAGAGUGGUUUCAAUUAUCAGAAGCUUUGAAAAGUCAAGGGGAAAAUAUAGUGUGUGACUGGUCAAUAGGGAAAUCAGGUUUUAAGUGGACCUGGUUCAAAUGGUCAGGAAUUUAGAGUCACCAAGGGUUAAAAAAAAACUCAGGAUUCUUAGGCAUACUAAUAGGGCUACACGUGGCACCUGGCACCUUUUGGAUUACUCCUACAGAAUCUCUGCCUUUGCACAAAACCUAUAUGCUGGGCAAUAAAGCUUUUGGACGCCCUAAGAACUCUUUUGUACACAAAACUUCUGUACUAGUAUUGUACAAAACUUGCAGUGUACAAAAAAUGACUGUACGAAGCUAAACUCAAACAUCUUUUCACUGCAGAUUAUCUCGAGAUGAAAAGCUUUAUCAAAAAGAUUUAGAGGCAGCACUGCAGGCUUCAAUUAGAGAGUCACAGCUGUCAUCUGCUGGAAAUGACAGUAGUAGCAAUGCAAAUGAUGAAGGGGAAGGUGACAUUUCAGAUGAGGAGGAAUUGCGGCCAUCCAAACCAAAGAAAGCUCGAUUACUCCCUUCUUCUGAUACAGAAGAUAACGACAAAGAAAAUACUGGGUACGAUAAAUAUUGUACCAUAAUCAUUCUCUCUAACAAUUUUUUACCACCUCCCUCUCUCAAGGCCCCACUUUUUCCUUGCCCCUGUUUCAACAGUCAAAUAUAAUUUUAGUAGCCCACCCCUUUUGAAUAACCCCCCCCCCCCUCUUAUAGCGUACAGUUGAUUUGUUUCACUAAACAUUCACUUAAUUAUUUGAAAAGGCUGUAAGGCUACAAUACAGGGGCACCCAACAAGAACAUAGUUCAAAACCUCUUAAACAUAGCAUUGUUGAACGUAUUUUAGUAUUUAAACAGUAGAUAUGGGCAUAUUUUUAUCCCCUAAAAAUUUUUCAUCUGUUCAGAUUUCCUAGCUGAGAGUCUAGUGAUCCGAAAAUUGUAGGGAUCAAAAGUUACCUUUUUCGAAAAUUUUAGCCAAAAAAAGGUUCCCGAAAAUUCUACGCGACCUUUUUAGGGUAAAACCCCUUAAAAAUGGGCAAUUAUACCAUUUUUUAGAUGUUCGACAAUCCUAGGAGAGACAAGCAAGCAAGAAAUUUUACAACAAAUGUUCCGAAAACUCUAGACCUCAAAUCGUCUUCCGAACAGAUAUUUUCCAAAAAUUGUAGUUGGGCGACCCUGACAAUAUUCCUGUAGAGUUAUGAAGAUGAUAUCAGACAAGCAACAGAGGACAAGAAACAGUUUCAAUGCCUUAGUGUAGUCGUGAAUAACAAAACUGGGCCAUUAGCUGUGGUCACACUACAGCUUUUUACCUAGGUAAACUCACCUUGUUGACAGUUAACCAAGGGAAACUUUAUUUUUCAAGUGUGACUCAUUUUUCCCUAGGUAACUUACCUUAGGGAAAUUUUAUCGUCUGGUGCUUGGAUGUGUCUCUAGAACAAUAGAGUUUCCCUUGACAGCUACCCCUAAGGGAUAGCUAGGGAAAAAUAAAGUACUGAGGUUGCUAACCAAUAGACACUCGGAGGCGAAGGUCUUGAUGACAGAACUAAACAUACCUCACAUUGUGAAAGAAUUUGGGGGGGGGCAUGUGUCAUCUGCAUCUUCCCCUUGAUCUCUGAAUUAGCAUAAGAAAUGACAGUGAGAUAAAAAGACAAAUGCAUCUUUGAUCGGCUAGAUCCGGAAGAAUCUUGCCUUCUUGAAUUUACGCACCAAAAAUUCAGAUGUGCGUGAAAACCUUGGGAGUCGAUUUCAGUAGUGCGACCUUCCCCAAAUUUUUUUACACCUAGGUAAAAUGAAACCCAAGACGAAUUUACCUCAGGAAAUUUUUGACGAAUUUGCCCUAGGUAAAUUUGUUUUACCUUGUUAAAAGUCUGUAGUGUGACCACCAUUAUUAUUAUUUUUUUUAGAAUUAUACAUUGUAUAUUGACACAAAGACACUUCCUCCCAUCAUUGACACCAUAAUGGGGUUAGGGUUGGUUGUUGAUUCUCCCCUUUGAUCCAAAAGGUUUUUCUCCAGGGAAUGCGGUUUUCCCUUCUCCUCAAGAACCAACACUUCCAAAUUCCAGGUCGACCAGAAAUCAGGUAUUAUUAUUAUGAAGAACCACUAUGUGGAUGUGCUACCUCUAAAUCAUUAUUAUUUAUUUAAAUAGCGUGACAGCCCCUUUGAGUGGAGUGCCUUUGGGCUUGCCGCAGUCCGUGAGUGCACUUUACUCAAAAUAAACAAGCUCCAUUAAUUAUUUCACAGUGAUGGUUCUGGAACAAACUUUGAAAGGAAGAGUCCAAGUGAAGAAGAUGAUAGUAGCAAUGAUGAGGUGAAACCAAAACAGAGAUCAACCAUAAACAAAACGGAUGCCAUGAAGGAAGACCUUGACGAAGAAGUUCAAGGAGAGGAAGUUGAACCCAAUCAAGGUUGGUCUCUUGUUUUUGAGACCCACAUGUGUUUUUUUUGUGAGAAAAAUUUAGAAAAAAAUCCAUGACAGAAGGAUAAAGUAUAUGGUAGUUGAUAGUGCGUAAAGUACACAUGAUUCUAGUAUUGUAGUAAAAGACCUUUUAAGCUUGUAUGUUUUGUUUUCCCAUUUCAUGUACGUGUUGGUACCCCAGAGAACUGUUUCUUUCAAAUGUCGUCUUAUGUAUGUGCAUCCACGUGCAUAUGUAUGCAUAAUAAAUAAAAAGGCAAAUUUCCUAGGCGAACAUCAUGUGGUCUGAAUUGUGAAAACAAAACCUACAAGCUUAUUAAAAAGGUUUAUUAAAAAACUUUUUCUUUUCUUGUUUAAAUCAUUGAAUAACAAAGACAGUGACUUUGAACUAAGUGAAGAGUUAAGUGAUGCAGACAAUGAAAGUGAUGACCAAGAUGACAGCGACUUUAAUGAGACAGAGUUAAAGAAGAAAUCCGAAGGACGAGGGCGUGGCAAAUCAACAAGCUCUCCAGCAAGAGCUGGCGUCAAGCCAAGGACAAGUGUUACAGGUUUGUAGAGGUUAUGGGUAAUGCAUAUGAGACAAGGAGGCAAGCUAGUCUGCAAAUAUAUAUAGCCAUUUCACCUUUCUCCUCGCUGCUUGGAACAUUUCGCCAGGAGGAACGUCUGCACCUCAACGACAGAAAUUCCAUACUGAUGGCGUAAAAUCUGUCCAGAAUCUGGUCAGGAGCCCUGAUUGGUCAACGUAGUUGUUACAUUGUUUUACCUAUUGUUUACCAAUAACAGACAAAAGACCACAAGAGUCAAAUGUAAAUGGGGUCUUAAACAUGACGAAUCUACUACAAAUCAGUCAAUAUUCCUGGAAUAUGUUAUUCUUUAGAAAAAGCAUCUGUGUUUUGCUGGAGCUCGUUUGCAGUAGAACACACAACUUUACCAUAAUCAACCAGGAGAAACACAAAAUCAAACAAAUUUACAUCCAGAACCCCAUGACUACCGGAUUUAUUUUGUAAACAUUGAUUUACAUCAUCAGUGUGUGGAAUGUCUGUCACUGAGGGGCAGACGUUCCUCCUGGUGAAACGUCCCUAACGCUGAGGAGCAAGGAAAAAGGGCUGUAUCCGCAGGCUAGAGGCAGGCAUGGUCAGAGCUUAACAUGGCUUUUGAAGCAUGUGGCACUUAAGAGUAUUACCCAUCCCAGUCCCUGCACACACACACAACACACAUACACUGCACCACCCCCUUUGCCUCCCUCACCCUCCCUCCGGAUGAGUGAGGUGCUGGUCAAGCAGAGGAUUCUCCAUUUAUUUAUACACCUGUGUGAUAAGACAAGUGGAGCAAAACUUUUUUGUCUGCAUUCCUAAACCUGAUGGUCAGAAUUCAACCAGGACUUACUGAUACAAAGUUAGAGGUGUUAACCCUUUGUCGGCCAUGCCUCCAAGAAGUUCUGAUUUCCCUAAAUUCCAAAGAAUGCUGUUAAGACGAAUCAAAUGGAUUGUACUGCUUACAGACAAAAUCUGUAGCACAGUGCCGAUUCAAAAAAUAAUAAGAUUAUUAUAGAACAUUUGAAACUUUGGGGGAUAUUAAUAUUGGUUACUUGUGCCCCUAUUGCAACAAGCCUUUUAUUUCUCAUUUUAAAAACACUGGGUAAAAUGUUGCAAUAAAAAAAUAUUAAUAAAUUUUAAUAGUGACUAAUUAUAAUAUCAAAAUAAAUGAUGUAUUCUGUGGAGAAAUUGAAGAGAUUUUUGAAACAAUGCACAGUUUUUCAUUUUUCAAAGUCUUGUCUGAGGCCUUGAUUUCCGUUUUUUUUUUUUAUAUUUCAGUAACACCACUCAAGAUGCUAAAAGGCAGAGGAAAAAGUAAAGGGCGAGGGGCAUCAGCUAACAGCAGCCACUCUGUGUCAAGUUCUGCAUCCAAUUCACCUUCAAGUAUGUCAGUUGAAAAUCAGCUUAAAUGCCAAACAAUGUUAUGCUCUCUAAGGGUACAAGCCAAUGAUAAAUACUGUGCUACUAAAUUGAACAAGCUGAUUUACUCAAGGCGUCAUGCUGCAUUUAACAAUUGAGUUGUAAAACUUUGUUUUGUUGUUAUAAUUCAAAAAAAUUAUUAUCAGAAAACAUCUUCCCCCAGUUUAAAUUUAGUAAGGAGAAGCUCAACAUACCAUUAGGGAUGGCCUUAAAUUACAGUGGCCUAGGAAAAAGUGAUAAGAAAUCACUUGGUUCAUUCUUUCAAGUUGUUUAAGAUUAAUAGAGAGGAGUGCUGAAAAGUAAUUUCAUAACAAUGAUAUACUUUAAUAAUGAUCUCAUGUGUAAAAUUAAUGAUAGAUGCUUAAUACUUUUUCUGUUUAAAUGCUAACCUUUUCAAUUUAACUGCCUUAAAUUUAUUUUCAGUGUCAUAAAUAAAUUAUUAUGUGUAACAAAAAAGUCUAAGAAUUAGAGCCGGAUACAUUUGAGACUGAAUUAGGUAAUUAAAACUUUUGCUCUUAUCUCCUGUGUUGACUUCACAGGUUUCUUUUGAAGACAUAAGGAUAACUGAAAAUACCCUUCAAAGAGGUGCGUGAUAACUUGUUUUCUUAACACUGAAUGAAAUAAAAUAAAGCAUGCCUGCUCUUACCUCAAAAAUAGAUGAAUAAAACGCAAGUGCAAAUUUAAUUAUUUGUAUGAUUAUGCUGUCUCUUAAUAUUAAGAUAAUUAUAUUGGUAAUAAAAAUAAAUGAAAACUAAUAACAAUAUUGAUUUGAUUGUAAAUAGCCUUAUAGACUUGAUAAAAAAAAGUCUUUUACUUAAUAUUAUAACUCGUACAGAUUUUCCAUAAAAAAAUAUUUUGUCAAGAAAAGAAAUACCUUGGCCUGCAUUGUAGAUGUAAUUUCACCCCCAGUUGUUAUCCUUGCUCUGAGCCCCCAACGGACUCAACAAAUUACCAGAAGCACAUUUAGAAUUUCCCCUUGUCUUGAUUGGCAAAUUGAUGGUAUUUUCAACAGGGCAAUCAUGGCACGUACUCAAAUCUUGGCACACAGGUGGGGGCCCAGAACGAGGAUUUCUGCAUUGUUUUGCAGACAGACUUAACCAGAGUUUAGUGAUGAGUAGAGUACUUAAGAGUAAUGAAUAGAGUACUUAUUGCAGUGUACCUCUGCAAAACGACAUGCAAUGCCUUUUGAGGAACAAGAUUCAGUGCUUUUAUUUUGUCCUAUUUCUUUUCAUCCCUCUUCAUCUCCUUCAUUCAAUGUCUUGCAGUUUCAUCAACAAGUAAUCAACCUCAACAACACCAACUGAAGACAACAUCUACAUCACUCCUAAGAAGCAGUCCAGGAAUGGGUCUUGGCGGCAUUAACAUCAAGACUUCUGGCCCCCCAAUUCGUAUUGGACUUUCACGAAAUGUCAGAGUCAAACCACUACAUGCUCAUGUGUCUGUUCAGCACUGAACUAUCUUGAGUUAUGCAUCACUUGAUCUGCUUAUAUGUAUACUUUGUGCUCUGCAUAGACAUUUUUUUUCAUCAGAAAGUGAAGGGGUCAAAAAACCCUCUAAACUGACCAGUUUGAAGCAAGAAUUUUCUCCUCGCCAUGUAUGGACAUAUCUUGCAAAUUGACAGCGUCCUUGUUAGCAGUGGCCUGUGUACAGACAUUCCCCAUCCAGCAGUAACAUACCGGAAGCAACGUCAUUUCGCUAAUUAUCAGCUUUCUUCAAGAACUAAAAACAAACUGUUUUUUACUGUUUCAUUUUCACAAAGAAGUGAUCAGGGUUUUUUUGCAAUUUUUAUAGCUUCUCUCGUUGUAAAGGGAUUCAAGAAUCCUUUUCACUCAAGACAUUGCUCUCAGAACAAUCAAAGGGCAUCAAGAGGCCCCUAAAUGUCACAUCCUGGGUGCGAGGUAUUAGGUUGUGGAAAGCAAUUUAUGUGCUUUUCAGUGGAAAUUUGUAGAUCAUGAAAUCUGGAUGUCAGGUCUCCUAAAAUGAUUGACUUGAAGGAAACCAUUUUUUUUAUUAUUUGAAAGUGAA